AAUUAUUCAAUCCGUCUAUUUGUCAAGCAAAGACAGGUAUUUUUUAAUAUCCGCGUACGUUGUAAAUAAAUCAGCAAGCGAAAUAAAUUCUGACGUGUAAAAGUUCCGAAUCGUUGAGUGAAUAGUAAUUCACAAGUUUCGUGUCAUAAAAAUGGUAUAAUUAUUUUUAACAGCCCACAAAUCUGUAUUCGAUACAAUUACUCGGCUAGACUUCAAGUGUAAUGUUAAUACAAACAACAACAGCUUAAACGAGGUGGCGAUAUAUUCGGCCCUACUCCUAGUCAAAUGGUGUUGUCUUUCGCCAUGACAAGUGCCACUCGCCAGUACUCGUUUUACGUGUAAUUGAUUACGCUACUUCGAGACGAUGAUGCUUCUAGUUCACGAGAGGCGCCCUCCGCCCGUCCAUUACCUACUUUGGCCAUCGGUGGAGUACCGUAUCAAAACCGAUUCCAUUUAUACAUUGGAUUGUUGCUACUGCAUGAAUAUAAACAUAAUGUGCACCGCCGGAAAUAUCGCUAUUUUCAUUGUAGCCCCGCGGUGGUAACUGUUUUUAUCCUCGUCACCCCCUCCAAUUUUUGAUUAUUGUGUACAUUAUACGGUUUUCCCUUAUACGCAGCACACGAUUUUUUUCGCAACCUUUCGCGUCGUCUACACGGGUACUAGACUAUUGGUCGUCGGGGCCACGCCCCUCCGAGGAUCCGUCCCACAGUCUGGGCGGGUUGCGGUACCGGAGUGCUCCGCCACUCGAGUGCGGCCCUCGAGUCCUCUCGUCGACGUCGAGUAGUCCAGUUUCGAGUGACACUAGUUUCGGGUAGUGCUCUACACACGAGAGCCCCCAGAGUUUAUUUAUUUUGCGAUAUUAUUGUUUUUACUUUUUUCCGCGUAAACACAUGUAAUGUACGCGUAACAUCCAAAAAACAAUGUUGACGGCGUGAGUGCUGAUUUCGAACUUUAUCCGGCCAGUGUCCAUAGCGAUCGACGUUGUAUUCCGGGCUGCCGUUUGUUUGUCAAUUCGCGAAAGUGGCUCUCUCGGUGACUGCCGCUUCGUCGGCGGCAUCAGCCGUGUACUCGGAGAGCUCUGGCGACCUACUGCCAGAGCUUAAUAGUGCGGACCUAGCUAUGUCCUUGAGCCCUAAACCGCAUCAUCAUCAUCACCACAAUCAUCACGCAGCGCACACAACACCGUUCUCCGUUACCGAUAUUCUCAGCCCCAUCGAGGAAUACCGCAAACUUGAGCUGUGCGGAUCACCGUCUCCUUAUCAUCGGUCCAGUACAGCCGGCAGUACCGGAGGAAGUGCUUCUGGUAGCCCCGGGGCUAUGUCCGGUAAUAACGGAAACGUGCCAAACGCGGCUCCAGCUGCCGCAAGUUGGCACGUUCAUCCACAAUUUCCAGCACCACCACCACCACCUCCGCAAUAUUGUCAACCGGAUAUGGUUUCUGGCUAUGGUAAUUCGACCACUUGGUAUGGUGCCCCGACAAACGACCCGAGAUUUGCAAUUUCUCGAUUGAUGGGAUCAUCGAACACCUCAAUGAAUGGAAUGACAAACAUGGGAUGCGACUCGAAACCUCCUCUUCAGUUCCCACUCACUCAGAGACGCAAAAGAAGAGUGCUUUUUACACAGGCUCAAGUUUACGAGUUAGAAAGGAGGUUCAAACAGCAAAAAUAUUUAUCGGCACCUGAACGCGAACAUUUAGCUAGUCUUAUCCAUUUGACUCCAACACAGGUAAAAAUAUGGUUUCAAAAUCAUCGAUACAAAUGCAAACGUCAAGCCAAAGAAAAAGCAAUGGCCGAACAAAAUGCCCAAAAUCAGGCUCAAAGUUCUCCGCGUCGAGUAGCCGUACCGGUGUUGGUCAAAGACGGUAAACCCUGUUCGGGCACUUCCGACGGUUCUGGUCAACAAUCGGCACAGGGCGGGGGCAACAACUGUAACGGUCACAGUCCGGUUAUGCAUCAUAGCGGACACGUUGCCGUCGGCGUGCACCCACAUCACCACGGCCAUCACCACCAUCACGGUUCACCGAACAUGGGACAUCAUCAGCAACAACACCAGGCACAGCAUCAGCUAUUGGGCAACACUGCCAUGCCAUACCCGAGACAGAAUGUCGGGCAACAUCACCAUCAACAACAGAAUAUGUCUUAUUUAUCGUUGCAAGGCCGUGCGUGGUGAACCGCAGCCACUACUCCCGUGUUAACUACCAUAUAAGCCGCGGUUUGUUUACAAAGACAAUUAUUGGCAAACCACUCGGGCGCACACGCAGCUGACACAACCGCUGUCCAAAAGACGUUGGACGUAGAAAAAUGAUUUGUCCACCAAUACCGUGUCCUUCCAACAACAAACCUCUCUUAGUUGUGUUUAUCUUCUAGUUUUAUAACUUGUACAUAAAAAAUUACAACUACCUCUAGCACGUUUACUUAAUACUAUGUGGUUGUGAGGAUUUCAUUUGUAAUUCGAACAUGACCUUCAAACACUCACUAAAGCCAAUCUUCGCAUACGACCAAUGCACAUUGCUUACGCGGUUCCCAACGAAUAUUUUAUUUGUACAUUGAAAUAAAUCAGAGUAAUUUAUUUUUAAUUCAAACGGUAUUUAAUGUGCCUGUGAUAGUUUUAUUUUAGCUAUUGAAAAUAAAUUAUUAUUAUUAAAUUUAAUAAAAAUUAUAAAUCUAUGUAUAUAUACUUUAACUGACGCGUGUCGAUAGGAAAAAAAAAACAAUACUAAUAGAAUUUUUUACCGACAUUUUGGACUAGAGUUACACACGCCGAUAUGUUUUAUUGAAAUUAUUCACAUUCGAUAUGGUGUAGCCAACAAUAUUAUUUUUAUGACCAAAGUUGAUACAUUUUACUAAUUUCGUACAUUUUGCUUGCAUGUAAUCAGUGUCCGCUACACACGACUACUCGAUUGUAUAUAAUUAAAGUCCUAAACGGAUUAUGAGUGAUAAGCACAAUGUGAAACAUCGUUGGUCGGGAAACACAAAAGAAAAUUUGUACAAAAGUAGGUAUUCGCAAAAGUGUUAAAUUGUAUUUAAUUGAUUGUGGACUUAAUAAAAGUUCUCUCAAAUGUUAUAUAUUUAUUGAUGUAUAUAAUGUAUUUUGAACGUAGGUGAGAAUUAGCUUAUAAAUAUACUGUAAUAUCAUUUGUUAAUUAAAUAAAAGUAACUUAUAAUUUGUCGAUGGACAUUUAGUGUGGUCAAAAUGCAUUUGUCAAUGUAUACCGUAGGCAUACGAUGUAUCAAGUCGUGAUGAUAUUUUAUUUGAAACGUGUACCUUAGAAUUUUUGUACGUUUUAUCACCGUCUGAAUGUGUUCACCAAGAAACACAUAAAAUAUCACACCCCCUCGAUGUAACUAUUUUGUGAUUUUUUUUUUAUUAUUUAUUUAUAUUGUAAAUAAAAAUAAAAUGUAUAGAUUAUGAAAAAAUAAAU